GUCCAUCCGCAUCGUGGCGCUGGGCAACGAGGGCGACGCGUCCCACCAGGACCCGCGGCCGGCGGGGCUCAUCCGCACCUACCUGGGCAGAAGCCCGCUGGUCUCCGGGGACGACGGCGGCUUGGUGCCGAGCGCGGCGGGCGCGCUGGCGCGGCCGGCGUUCGCCGAGUACCAGGCCAGCGCGUUCGGGAACGUCCGGCUGCUGGUGCACGACUGUCCCGUCUGGGACAUUUUUGACAGCGAUUGGUACACGUCUCGAAACCUGAUUGGGAGUGCUGACAUCAUUGUGAUCAAGUACAAUGUAAACGACAAGUUUUCAUUCCAUGAAGUAAAGGAUAAUUAUAUUCCAGUAAUAAAAAGAGCAUUAAAUUCAAUUCCAGUCAUCAUUGCUGCAGUUGGUACCAGACAAAAUGAAGAACUGCCUUGUACCUGCCCUUUGUGUACCUCCGACCGAGGGAGCUGUGUCAGUACAACGGAAGGGAUCCAGCUGGCUAAAGAACUAGGAGCGACGUAUCUUGAGCUGCACAGCCUGGAUGACUUCUAUAUAGGAAAGUACUUUGGAGGCGUGUUGGAAUACUUUAUGAUUCAAGCCUUAAAUCACAAGACAAGUGAAAAAAUGAAGAAAAGGAAGAUGAGCAGCUCCUUUCAUGGAAUUAGACCGCCGCAGCUUGAACAACCAGGUGCUUUUCAGUGGGAAGAACUGGAAGAAGAUAUCAGGAAGAAGUUGAAAGAUUCUGGAGAUGUUUCUAAUGUCAUUGAGAAAGUUAAGUGUAUCUUAAAGACACCAGGAAAGAUUAAUUGCCUAAGGAAUUGCAAAACUUACCAAGCCAGAAAACCUCUGUGGUUUUAUAACACAUCCCUCAAGUUUUUCCUAAAUAAACCAAUGCUUGCUGAUGUUGUCUUCGAAAUACAAGGUACAACAGUGCCAGCCCACAGGGCCAUCCUGGUGGCCCGCUGUGAAGUGAUGGCGGCCAUGUUUAAUGGGAAUUACAUGGAAGCAAAGAGUGUCCUGAUUCCCGUUUACGGCGUUUCCAAAGAGACGUUCUUGUCCUUUUUAGAGUACCUGUACACAGACUCCUGUUGCCCAGCUGGCAUUUUCCAGGCCAUGUGCCUGCUGAUCUGUGCUGAGAUGUACCAGGUGUCGAGGCUGCAGCACAUCUGCGAGCUGUUCAUCAUUACGCAGCUGCAGAGCAUGCCCAGCAGGGAGCUGGCCUCCAUGAACCUUGACAUCGUAGACCUGCUCAAGAAGGCCAAGUUUCACCACUCUGAUUGCCUUUCCACCUGGCUACUUCAUUUCAUUGCCACCAACUACCUCAUCUUCAGUCAAAAGCCUGAAUUUCAAGAUCUUUCAGUGGAAGAGCGCAGUUUCGUGGAAAGGCAUAGAUGGCCAUCAAAUCUGUACUUGAAGCAGCUGGCAGAGUACAGGAAGUAUAUUCACUCCCGGAAGUGCCGUUGCGUAGUGAUGUGACCUGGAGCUUUUAUAUCCGUCCGUGUUUUCACUGUUACAAAGAACGGGAUGCUGCUGGAUUCCAGUGAAAUUCUUAUGACUGAAUGCCAGUACGGAUGUUUAAAAAAAUCAGCCUAAUGUGUUUAUCAGUUCUCUUCAAAAAACCUACAACUGUAUUCUUAAAAGGGAACAAAAUAUAACACAGACUAAAACUAAGGCUUUACGCUAGAAUAUAAAGCUGUUGUACAGAGGUGUUUUCCCUUUAAGAUGUACUCUUGCUUUGGUGACCCUUCCCUGUUAGGAGUGCUUAAAUUUUUUUAAAAAAUCAAUUAGGAUUGAUACAGAAAUUCAUCAUGUCUGAUUAGCUGCUGUAUUAAAAUAAGGGGCAGUGAAGGACCCCAUGUAACUGCUUCUGCAGUGAGAAAUUUAGGGGAGGAGACUAACCAGUCCAACGUGAAAUUUCCGAAGUGAACAUUGGAGAUUUGGAGAGGGUUGUGCUCGUUGGUUCCACACUAGUGUCAGUGUUUGAAUCAGCACUAUGAACAAAACUCCCUCCUCCGGACUCUGCAGCUGCAUCACCUCUUCUGUCCGGGUUCUGCCUGUGCAGGAGACCCAGCCGGCGCCGGCUUUUCCUGUCACACUGGGAAGGGCUUCCCACUUGCUUCAGUGUUUGGCAAUGGCUGUCCUAAAGUUCUUCAUGAUGUUUGAAGAAGGGCCCCUGUUUUCCCUUUGCAGUGAUCCCCUAAAAUUAUGUGUAUUUCCUGGCAGGAAAAAUACCAUGUUCUCCUGCUCACAUCAUUCUCCCAUCCAAGUACUAACCAGGCCCAACCCUGCUUAGCUUCUGAGAUCAGGUGAGAUCUGGCGCGUUCAGGGUGGUGUGGCCGUAGACUCACACAUCAUUUUCUCUGAAAGCUGAAGCACACUGGCGUUGAGGGGAUCCAGGACAGCUUGUCGGAGGGCAGAGGACAAUGGCGGUUCCUGCUCUGGGGGGGUCGGUCCCAGGCCGGCCUCCGCUGCCACCUCCCUUGGUGCACAAGCAUCGCCUCUGUUGGAUUAGCUUUAAAACUCAGUCCUGGCUCUGCGGCUGAUGAACAAAUACUUAAUUGAUGAUUCUGUAAGGCCAGGAUAUUGGUAAGAGUGACUGACUAGCUUGAUUUUAAUACACAUUUAUGAAGAUGCACACAGGGAAAGAUGCUUUCUGAAGAAUUUGCUGUGAAGGCUCAGUAACUUCAGUGUAUUUGCUAAGAUUAGGGUGUCGGUGGUGUGAAUUGUUUGAAUUUUUUCCAAGGACUGCAAGGCUAUUUGAUGUGGAGUGGCUUAAGUCUUACUCUUUAAGGUUACCCAGUAAGUUAAAGAAAGGAUAUAAAUCAAAGACUUGUUACAUGUAGAGAAGAUGGUACUGGGGUAGAGGACAGAAUUAGUUUCUCUUGUAGGGCACGAAUACAGAAAUGAUUAUAUCAGAAGCUCAUAAGCCCGAAGGUAGAGAACAGAUUACUUAGUAUUUAUUGUUCAGACUAUUGUUGUCUGUAAUUUAAUAUUGAAAUAUGUUUUUCUUUUAAAUUCGUGAUUUUAGAAUGCACAUAUUUUUUCCAACUUUUUAAAUGUUUGAUUAAACACUCUUAUACUGUAGUAUUAGGAUUCCAUGCAGUUAGUAUACGUGUACCAUACUGUCAGAAGAAAGUAAAGACUUCCUUAUAUGUAUUCCAGGAAACCUGCUUUCAGUUGGGCUGUGUCAAUGAAGAUUACUGGGAUGCAUUUUGUAUUUUUUGUGUUUUAAUCACCUAAGUAAUCAACUAUUAGCAAAUCCCACUUGCCUAGGAGUAGCAUUGUAAAGAGUAGAUAAUAUAGCAAAUUUCUAGAAAAUCCUUCACAUUUAUGAACUUUUAAAAUGCAGUGGUAGCCUUUCUUACUUCAUAAGCACAUUCUCAUCCCCAUAUUAACUAUAGCAUGUAAAAUUAUAAAAUGGAAGAAUACAAGUUGCAAAACAAUUUAAAAUAUUUUCUGGAAAAUACUAUUUAAUAUUUAAACAGAUAGUAGCUAGUUCUUUUUGGUUGUUGGCCUGAGUGGGAAUUGAGUUGGAAAGUGGUGCUCCUGGGUGUUGAUACGUAGUAUUUAUUUUGAAAAUUCUUCACCACCUGUGUGACUCAGCCCAGCCCAAUACCACAAUUCUCCAGAGCUAAUGAAAAUAUAAUCAAAUUAGCGUUAGAACUUAUUGAGUGUAGACUCUUCAAUACCUUUUCAUUCACCCAAUUUAACAAGAAACUUUAAAGACUUAUAAACUAUCUUAGGGAAAUGAGUGCUGGUUUCAAGAAUUUUUCAAUUGAACAAUUAUUUCUAGAUGGGUGUAUGCUUUUUGCUGAUCUCUGCUUGAAUAUAUUUCCCAAUCAUUUUAAUUAGAGAGGAUACUGUAUGUCCGAACUAAGGCCUUUUCUUUCUGGGCCACGUUUUCAUGCUGUUUAACCCUUUGUGUACUUCUGGCUACUCUGUUCCUGUUACAGGAGCCUGGAUUUGUAAUAGCGAACUUCCGGGACUGUAUCGCAAGUUCAGCCGGUCCACACCAGCAUGGUGGCAGCACAUUGGGUAGCAGCAAAAGACAGUGGAAUUGGAUCCAUUUUAUUUCCACGGUAGCUAAACUUUCCAACUAGAAUUUUACAAACUGCACUACACUACGAUAGCUAAUUGGACACAAAUGUCCUCAGAGUAUUUUAUUUUAUUUAAAGCAUCUGUUUAAUUCAAUCUUUAAUGAUUUUGCAAAGAAGGGCAUGUGAGUAUUUUAAUAGAGCCUGACCUGAAUUUAUAUGUUUUUAGCUUUAGUAUUUAACAUUUUGUAACAAAUAAACUUUUUUAAAAACAAGCUUAAUGAAGUAUCUUGUAGUUAUUUUCCCUUGGUGUUAAAAUGCUAAAAUGAUUGUGAGAAUACUACCAGGUGUUUCUCAGGCAUAAUUAUGUCUCAUAAUUUCCAUAAAGAUUUGGAGUGUUGCUGAUAUUGUAGAUGACUCAUGGUGUAAUGAGAUUUGUAAAAUUUAGCAUUACUUUUAACAACUGGCUAAAGAAUAAAAGAAUUUCCUUUAGCA